AUGGAUGAGACAAAAGAGCCUCUGGCCAUGACAGUCCACCUCCUGGCUAACGCAGGGCAGGGCUCGCUCCUACAGCAAACACUAGACAAACUCCUGGUUUGUGUUUGCCCCGAGAUUCGUCUCUUCCUGGUGUCCGAGAGAGUCAGACCAGUGAAAUACGAUGACAAGGGUCACUCCAAAAGGUUGCGCUUCCCGGGGAUGUCAGUUUUGCUUUUUUUGCAUGACAAUCUGGGAGAGGAGCGUCUUUCCCACGUUCUGGACUCACUCCGGCGUUGGCCCUGGCAAUGUUAUCCUGCCCAGAGCGUGCAAGGAUGCCCCUUCGUCCUUGCUAAUCAGGACUUCUACAGCUUGGACCAUCAGCUGCCCGUCUGGGGCGUGAGGCCGGUGCAUGGUGGUGGCCCCGAAAUCCUCAGGGUGACGCUCUACUGCAGCUUUGACAACUAUGAGGAUGCCAUUCGGCUCUAUGAGAUGAUUCUGCAGAGAGAAGUCACCUUGCAGAAAAGCAGCUUCUGCUUCUUUGCCCUCCAUGUCACUGAGCGUUUGGUUCUUCAGUUUUCCCUAAAGCAACUGCCCCUUGGAAUGGCCGUGGACCCCAAAGAGUCUUCUGUGCUGCAGUUUCGGGUGCAGGAGAUUGGCCAGUUAGUGCCUCUCCUCCCCCAUCCCUGUGUCCCCAUCAGCCGGACCCGCUGGCAAACCCAGGACUAUGACGGCAACAAAAUCCUGCUUCAGGUCCAGUUUAAUGCAAGGCUUGAUGUUAGAAACGGUGAGUUUUCCUUUCGAAAUGGCACCUCAGGAGCUCACACACUUCCUCGAGACUCCAGAUUGACCCUGGCCUCCCAGGGAAGGACCUUAGAGCCAAGAAAUCGAAGGUGCCGGAGCAGGAGGAUGAAGGUGAAUUCUCUGGAGUUCCUUGAGCCAGGAAGAAGCACAGGACUGGACACUUCUCAUGGUUGUUCAAGGGGAACUUCUGGCUGCUCAGCUCAGCUCAGCAGCCCAACCACCAUCAACCAGCACCCAAUGCCAACUCCAAACCUGCAAGUCAGAUCCAGCAUGAAAGUCCACAGCUGGGAAAACAGCUCUGAGAAGCUGGAGGCAGAGACGAAUGUGGACACAGGUUUCACGGUGGUCAGUUCUGAAGAAAAGCAACUGAUUCUCAGCAGAUUGCCAAGAGACAGGUCCAACCAUCUUCUAUCUUGCUUGUCAGUUACUUCCUUGGGGACAGCUGCCUCCAAAAAUAACAGAAGCAUGAAAGAAAGGGCCCGUCCUUUGUCACUUAUUAGCCAGAAGGAACUUGGUGCAAUGGGCAUUAUUUACAAAUGUCCCCUUCACCUGCCAGUUCAGGGAGCAGAGAAAGAAGAAGAAUUCUUUAUAUAG